ACAGUGAGUGGUGGAAGGUGUCGAUAGGCCCAGAAAGUCACCCAGGCCAGGGCCAGUUAUUAUUAUCCGCUUUCUACUGAGUUAGUUUCAUUCCAGUUUUUGUUAUAAAUAGGCUCGCCUUAGGCCAACUGGCUGUUCAGAUGCUUCUCAGAUAUUCAGUGAAGACCCAAUAAAAAGGUAGAAAAAGUGACGACAGAUGCACAGGAACAAUUUCGAGAGUCCUACAACGCUUCAUAAGAAGACCUGUUCUCGAACUCAUUCUCCGCUCUUGCACACUGGCUGCCAUCAGCUUCCGGGAGCCUUUUGUGAUCACCGUUCAUCGCUUUUAUAAUUGUAGAUUUAAUAUUAAUUGUCUUUUAUCGUUGUCUCCAAAUAGAGGCUAGCCAGGUUGGCUUUUUAGCUACGUAAAAGGUCAUCAGAUUAUGAGCGCGGUUGUUAUGGACACACAAAUGUUGGAGGAAAAAGUAAACGAGGCCAGGAGCAAGUUUGAACGAGCUUGCCAGCAGAUCGUUCUCCUUGACCAAAAGAUCAAGGAUCUGGAAGUCCGCUACCGUCGCGCCGUGAAAAACAAGAAGAACUCUUUCCGCUACAAUUUGAGGCUGAGGCUGUCGGUGGUGACGGGGGUGAAGAUGAUGUACCACCACUACGCCAGCACGAAGGCCGAGGAGCUUACGAGGCUGAGGAGGAUGGUGCCACCUGUGGAGCAGGCAGAAGCCGAUUGACCUCGGUGGAUGUUAGUCUCUGUUGUGUGUUUGAGCGCAAGUGUGGUUGGUUAGUGUGUGUGUGUGCGUGUGGUUGGUUAGUAUGUAUGUGUGUGGUUGGUUAGUGUGUGUGUAUGUAUGGUUUGUUAGUAUAUGUGUGUGUGUGCGUGUGGUUGGUUAGUAUGUGUGUGUGGUUGUUUAGUGUGUAUGUGUGUGUGUGCAGUUGGUUAGUGUGUGUGUGUGUGGUGGGGGCGAGGGAGAGUAAAUGUGAGAAGAAAGAAAUUAUAAAAAUAA